AUGCCUAGUGGCGCACGGCCCACGAUGUCAUCAGUUGGAGAAAAUAUGGAGCUAGGCGAGAAUGCAGAGCCUAAUAGUCAGGUCAAAGAUAAAGUGGAGCUGCUCCACGACGCGGUCAAGAGGGCUGACUCGACAGACCAUGGUAAGCCGGGAGUAGAGCCACUUGGUGAAGAGAAUCAAAACGCGACACAAAUGAAUGUAUUGCAGCAAGCGAUGUCUUCGACUGGACAUCCGUGUGUGCAAGCUUGGAGGCAACCUUUGGAGAGGCCCGAAAGGACGGAAUGGGCAGUGGCCAACGCAGAUCCUGGGAUAUUCAAAGGCGCUAGGAACGAGGAUUUUAAAGGGUUCAUAAGAAAAUUUAGGAGAAAGUAUGAGGAAGUGGUUAAGUGCGAGUCGACCCUAAUAGAGAUUCUGAGCGAUGACCACUUGAGUGGGCGAGCGAAAAAUAUUUUCAUGGCCUUACCUGGCGCUGUUAAGGAGCAGGGAUAUGGGCACAUAGGGCGCGAAUGCCCUCAACGGGCCACAAGAGUAAAUCAAAUCGGGAAGAAGGAGCAACAAGAAGGAAGAGGAAAGGCCACGCUCUCAAGCAUAGUCGACCAAGCGCGUAGCCCUGGGGAUGGCGUUCGGCUCCUCAAUGGGGAGAAUCCAGCACUCAUCGACACGGGAUCCAUGAUCAGCAUCGUACCGGUGGAGGUAUUAGGCAAGGCAAAGGAUAGAGGAUUCGACGUAGAUACCCUGAAGCUAGUCGAGAAGUCGCAGCUAGCUCCAGUCUUCGAUGCAUCCGAGAACAAAAUGGAGUUUUUAGGAGCAGUUUUUAUCGAAACCGAACUUGAAGGAGGAAAUCGCUGCGUUGUACCAUUCCACAUUAGCCCGGCUAAAGAUGAGGAGUUGAUUCUAGGCACCAAUGCUCUCAGUAGACUGGGGGUGGAAGUAUCCAUAGUUCGGAAUGAAGUGGAGGGUAACAGACGGGAGAGGAAAGGAACGAUGAGGGAAAGGUAA